ACAGAACAAACCAAAAGUAGUGAAACAAAAAUGAAUAUUAUCAACAACAGUAUCAAUAUUAGUUACAAUUUCAACAUAGCAGUGAUUAAAAAUCCCUCAUUGACAUUAUCAUUAGACAUUUAUAAAAAGAACAAUGGCUUACACUUGCAUCGCAUCUCAUAAGCUUGACAACACACUGUGUCCAAUAUUUUCACAAAGAUAAAAUAAGUCAUAUUUUUGGUUCCUUUAAUAGUUAAAACAAAGUUACAUUAUUGCAAUCAGUUGAUAAAACAUUGUCCUUACAAUUAUAAAAGCUUUUUUAGAAAAAUCUACUACUCUGCUUGCAUGUCAGCAGACUGGGGUAGAUCCUGCUGAAAUCCUACGUAUUGAAUGAAUAGAGAAUCCUUUUGAAUCGGGAAAAUAUCGUUUUUGAAUCGAGAAUCGCGUUGAAUAAAAAAAAAUCGAUUUUGAAUCGAAUCGUGACCCCAAGAAUCGAUAUUGAAUCGAAUCGUGGGACACCCAAAGAUUAGCAGCCCAAAUGCUAACAAUAGCAUGCUUAGAGUGAAAUACCAAAAUAUAUGCCACUGAGGUGUAUACCUGCUAAAUUAGUUUAAAAAAGCUAGCAUGCUAAAAUAUUAACAGUAAUAUACAGCAAUUACCAAAAUAUUUUACUCUGAGGUGUGUACCUGAACAAUUGGUUUAAAAUGCUAUCAGGCUAACGUUAGCAUGCAUCAAGUACCAAAAUAUGAAUAAGGUGUACACCUACUAAAAUUAGCUAAAAAAAAAAAAAGCUAGCAUACUAAGUAUCGUUAAACAAGUAACAAAAUAUUUGACGCUGAGGUGUAUAUCUUUAAAUUAGCAAAAAAGCUAGCAUGCUAAAAUGUUACCUAUAACAUACGUCAAUGACCAAAAUAUAUUACUCUGAGGUGUUUAAAAUUGGUUUAAAAUGCUAUCAUGCUAACGUUAGCAUGCAUCAAGUACCAAAAUAUGAAUGAGUAUACCUACUAAAUUUGCUAAAAAUAAGCUAGCAUACUAAGUAUCGUUAAUCACGUAACUAAAUAUUUGACGCUGAGGCGUAUACUUGGCAAAAAAACUAGCAUGCUAAUAUUAAAAUGCUAACAAUUGCGCCGCGAGCUGUUGAAAAGUUAGCCACAGUUUGGCCAAAAUGAAGCAAAAGCAAACAUCUAUGAUGUCAUCUCAGUGUCUGGCGAUGAUGAUGACAUCGACUAGCACACAUGUUUGAUUGACAGAUGCUGCCUGCAGCCAGGAUCAAAACCCUGAUUAAAAACUCAAAUCAACAAAAACUGUUGACGAAGUGAACCCGACCCAGAAAAUGAUUGACACUUUCUUUUAUUCCUUUACUGGAAACUUCCGGCUUUUUUGUUGUUUUUCGUUUUCCUUCUUUGUCCAAGUUGGCCUUUAACUUGGAACACUUCAUGUCACAUGAAACAAUGAGCCAUGGAAAUAUGCUUUGAUCAACACACACACACACACACACACACUCAUAUACAUACAGACACACAGAACACACACACACACUGAUAUACAUACACACACACUUUUAUUCAAUAAUGUGUGUCACAGUUCACAGAUUGUGCAAUACUGUAAUACGCGCAAAUGCACUACUGGCUCACUUAGACUAAUUUUUUAAAUAUAAAAAUACCACUGGUAAUAGUUGUAAUUAUAAUAAUGAUCUUUUUUGUUGUACUAAUGUUUAUUUUUUAUUAUUUUGUGCAUUUUAUAACAUUAUUUUAAUCGUAGUGUGACGCACUUUAACUUGAACGUAAAAUCAGUUUAUGUACAACCUGCAUGACGCAUGCGCGGAUUACUACUACAAAUCCCAGAAUGCAAUGCGAUAGGUUAUGUCACGUGACUUAGCGGCACCCCGAUAGUGCAGUCGCUAAUUAGCGUUUAUUUAGCUCCUUUUAGUAACGUAGCGUUGUGACUCAACCAUUGUACGUUUUUAUUCAUUAUAAACACGAUUUGGACACUUCCAUUGGUCUUCUAAAUUGCGUGGCGAGUUCGCUAUCUUUUUAAAGCGUGUUUGCUAGCUAGCUUACUCGGCUAACCAAGUGCUUGGCGAAAUGAUCCAGGCUCGCAGACACUGGAGAUACUCGCUCGUCAAGUCAUGUGACCUACAAAGACCGCAGCGCCUCUCCUGAUAGACAAGUUUGGCUCCGCCCAUUCGGGCGUUUGUGGCUUUAGCUUGCACUAUGGCUUGCCAUGUGUGGCACACGUGAUGUUUGGCCCGAUAACCACAGCUGUUGUGGACUGAAUGUCAAAAAAAGGAAGGAACGCUUGCUUGUUCAGAUGCGAGAGACGUUCGCCAGGAGCAGCGUGUCCUGCCUGAAAGGUCCGGCCGACCUGCACAGCAUGUCGGCCGUGCGAGGAGACCCUUGUUGGAAGGUCUCGCAGCAGCUGCACCUCCUCAUCGAGAAGUCUUUGUCCCAGCGGUACCAGAAGCAGAUCUCUUCGGCAGUCCGAGACGAAGUGUCCCGGGUCCUGCCCUCGCUGGCGGCGGAGGACAGGACGUCGCCUCGGCCCCAAGUCGCCGCCCACGUCACGGGAAGCUUCGUCCCCGAGCUGGAGAGAGGAGGCACGGCCGGCCGGCGAGUCCAAGGGCAGAAGAUCACAUGGUGGGAGGGUCAAAAGGGGCUGGCCUUCCUCCAGGACGUCCAGCUGGUGGACGGCGAGCUCGUGGUCCCGCGUCCCGGCCUCUACUACGUCUACGCCCAGACCUACUUCCGACACACCCACGACUCGGAGGACGACUCGGCGGAGGACACGGGAAGACCUCUGCUGCAGUACAUCUAUAAAAAGGUGAGCACCUACCCGGUUCCCAUCCUGCUGAUGAAGACCAGCCGCACCUCCUGCUGGUCCCGGGAGUCCCAGUUCUCGCUGCACUCUGCCCACCAGGGGGGGCUCUUCCCGCUCAGCCCUGGGGACCGCCUCUUCGUCUCAGUGACCAACGCCUCCGCCGUGGACAUGGACGAGAAAAGCAGCUUCUUCGGGGCCUUUCUCAUCAACUAAGACGCCCACGGACCACAGGGGGCGCUGUCAGGACUUUUACCACAAGCUGGAGAGUCGGAAGGACGAAAGCGAGGUAUGAUCGCACUGUCACAUACUUGUAGUACUCCGCUCCGCCGCUAGAGGGCGCGCAUCCACAGCAACAAACACUACAGCUUCUCCCAGUGAGGCUCCACACUGACUAAUGAAAGCAUUUUGAUAUUUUUCAUUUUCAAAAUCAAUACAUUAUUUUAAUUUUAAGGCUUACCUCAGGUUUGGUGCCAGGAAACCCAGAAGGGUCUCAGUCAUAAUAUUAAAAAUUAAUCAUAUAUAUUUUUUUAUUCAACACUUAAAUCUCUAGAUCAACUUCAGGCCUAUUUGUCGAUAUACAUUUUUAAAAGUGUUUUAUGCCCUUUUUGUCCAUCCAAGAAAACCUUCGUUUUUAUGGCAAAAACACAAAAUACCCCUUAAAAAAUGUUCAAAGUGGAUUAUUAGAUGUGAAGUAAUUGGACCCCUAAUUAGGUCAAUAAUUCCUAACAUUCGUUUUAAUUCAUAAUUAUUUUUUCGAGUUAAACCAAAAGGGCCCACUCAUAAGUGUUUAAAAUAAGUCUUACUUUCUCAGAAAGGUCAUUCUGUCCAUACAAAGUUAAAAAAAAACAUGUUUUUCAGUAAAAACACAAAAUAUACACUAUUUUCCCCAAAUAAUUAAAAGCCCUAAAUAGGUCAAUAAUUCAUCAAUUGAUUUUAUCAUUUUUUGAGCAAUGAGUUUAAAAAAAAUCUCACUAAAAUUCUUGGGGUUCCAAAAAUAAGUCAUACAUAUUUUUAUUUGGCUUUUAACACUAAAGUCUUACUAACUUCAGAUCUAUCUGUUGAGUUUAAGGUUGUUUUUUUUUUUAAGUUUUCUUUGACAAAAAAGAUGUAAAGCAUGUGGCAAACACAAAAUAUGCAAUAUUUCCCCCCCAAAACAUUUAAAAGUGGAAAUGUUGAUGUGAAGUAAUUGGAACCUUGAAUAAGUCAAUCGUUAAUAACAUUGAUUUUGUUGUUUUCGUGUAAUUAGAUUCAAUAUCGCAACCUUUUCUGCUUACAUUUCACUGGUUUGAUCUUUUAUUCCACUUUGUUUUGUAAAAAGUAUUUUUAGAAGGUGCCUUGGACCGUGAAAUAACUAAAUGCCUGCUCCACGCUAAUGAAGCAGGUUGACAUCUUGAAAUAAAGUUACACUUUGCUUACUAACGUACGUUUUGCAAUUCCUACAAAUCUUUUCUCAGACCCUGAAGUUGCCUCAUCAAUCGAUGCAAAUAUGUCAAUAUUUAGCUUUUUUUUUAUCAAACACUGGCUAUAAAUGAUGUAAACAUUAAUUUGUAACAGCUCACAUGAAACUGUAGCUUUAUGGUCCCGCCAUUAAAACGUCCCACGGUCAUGAAUGCAGCGUUGUAGCAUUUUAAAACAAAACAGCUUCCGGCUUUGAACACGGGGUUAAAAGGAAACAUGUUAAAUUGUAAUGGGUCAAGUUGUAAAUGAAAUGUGAAUGUAAAUAAGUGUCAUCUGUAAAUGUGUGCAAUAAAUGUUCCCUAUCCUGUUGUACAA